CCUGCUGCUAGGACAAGACGAGACAUUAUAAGAUUGGGAUCCAUGACCCUCAGUCCUAAUCAAUUCAAGGAGGCAGUGGAACCCCUAUAUGUACUGUUAGCAGCAAAGCGGUGUGUGCAGAUUGAUUCUGUGGAGAAAGAUCCUGUGAUUCUAGAUUUGCAAGAUGUCCACUCAACUACUGGGCCCCUAGGCACCGGAAUUGCCGAACAAUCUACCAUGCAGAGAGAAGUCAUUGAGUUUAGCAUGUCUGGAUUGAGUUGUGUUGAAAAGGCUGGACUAGAUAUGUCUCUAGUAUCUGAUUUAACGGGUCUUCACUCAGUGGAAACUGACAUGCAUCGCCUGCCCAUCAUUCCUUCUCUCGUCUACCCUAACUUUCAAUUUUCUACUCAGAGCCCUCUCUCAGAUUUCAUGGGAGAUUUGGUCCGAAAUUCAAAAAUAACCAUUAACUCUGAUGGUAGAGUCUUGAUCACAGCUAGUGGGGCUGAGAUGAAGGAUCUCCUCUCAAUUGUAGCGGAGUUUUACCUAUUGAGGAACUUAACUCAAGGGAGAAAGCUUUCGAUGCCAGUUCCUUACUUCAGAAGGCAUGACAACAACCACCUCAUAUGCUUAGAAACUGCAAAAGAGGAGGUAGACAAAAUUAUGGUUACUGAUGCACCACUUCUCUUUCCUCCUGGACAGCUGGCAUUGGCAGCUUUGCGUCAUGCUAAUGAGGUGCAUAGAGUUCUGGACUAUGAAAGAUACCUAGAGAACAUGCUCAUACGCCAAAAUUCCAUUCACAGCAGCACAGAGCUCAUUCAGCAUCUGAAUGCAAUAGAUUCCUCGGUUAGGACAUAUAAAUUCCCUUCUGAGAAAGAUAUGAAACACAUCAACAGGAAGCUGAGGUCUUGUUGGGGCCUUAGUUCACAUGAUGAUAGUAACAAACGAGACAAGAAAUCGAAGCACAAAUCCAAGCGGAGUGCAGGUGUAUGCACAGCUGAGGCAUCAUCAUUAGUGCCACACUCAUCCAAAUAUGCAUCUACUGCGACCAUGGUUGCUGAACUUACUCUUCAAAGCUUGUUUUGUAUCACGAAAGUAUUCCACAGUAUGGAAGUGACAGAAAACAGUGGGCAUCUAGCAGCUUGAAAGAGCUCUUGAAAUGCAAUUGAUUUAGGAGCAUCACUGACCAGGGAAGUUGAGAAUUUACAUAAACUACUUUGUGUAUUUUGUGUUCAUCUGGUGGUGUAAAUCAGCAGGUCGAGACAGUCAUGUAUGCGAUAAUUACUGUUGUGAAAGUUGGUAUGAUGGUAACCUACAAUAUUGGAACAGGCCUUGUGGUUGCUCGUAGGGAAGACAGCUCAUGGUCUCCACCUUCUGCAAUUUCUUCAUGUGGAAUAGGGUGGGGAGCACAGUCUGCAGAUUAACCACGUGAAUCAACGUGCUCAAAAUGAUUGUUUAGAUAAUAAACACCAAUUUGAUUUUUUACUCCAUCCGGAAUGCUUGACGUAUUGUCUGCUUCAUU